AUGGCUAAGAAUAAUGAUGAAGUGAGUGAGAUAUCAAUGCAUGACGAGGGCCGUGGCGACAUGUUCAAUCCCGCGGAUUUGCGAGUUCUAGCCAUUGAUGCUAACGUUGUUUGCCUCAAGUAUUUAGUAGCCAUCCUCCAAAAGUGUCAAUACAGAGUUACAUCAACAACAUUAGCAGCUGAAGCUUUGAAGAUUUUGAGGGAAAACAAGAAUGAUUACCACGUUGUUAUUACUGAUGUUAAAAGGCUUGACAUGGAUGGUUUCAAGCUGUUGGAGAUCAUAGGCCUUGAAAUGGACUUACCCGUGAUUCUGGUCUCGGCAGAGGACAGUCAAAGCAGCAUAAUGAAGGGAAUAAGGCACGGGGCCAGAGACUAUCUCUUAAAACCUGUAAGAAUACAGGAAAUGCAAAAUAUAUGGCAGCAUGUUGUAAGGAAGAGGCUCUCUGAUUCUUCCGAUAAAUCUAGUAGCUUUACAAAGGAAAUAAUUGAACAAGAAUCAGUGCCUUCAACCGAACCCAUGGCAGAGGCAGAGGUCACGGGGGUCAAAGAGAAAGAAAUUAUCGGUAACCCAAAUGGCGAUGCUUGUAGUGGUAAAAAACCAAGGGUGACAUGGUCCUCCGAGCUCCAUGUUAAAUUUGUUGAUUGUGUUGAGAAACUAGAAGCACGUGGAGAGAGAGUUCAGCCCAAAAGAAUUCGUGAAAUGAUGAACGUGGAAGGUCUUAGUCGAGAAAACAUUGCCAGUCAUCUUCAGAAAUAUCGAAACUUGUUGAAGAAGCACAAGGAUAAAAUGAACCAACAAGACAACGCUGGGACUGAUUUGAAUAGGUAUGGAAGAAUUUCAGCCACAAAGAACGGUCUUUGGAACACAUAUGGUGAUUCUACACCGAAGCCACAAUCACUAGCUAGUUCUUUGCCAGAAUUCAAAGGUUUAAACUUCUCAGCAUCUAGUUCAACAUGGGAAUUGCCUACUGAGUACACGGGAUCUCAGUCUUUCGGCCAAAAUCCUGGUCUUUGUAAUCUGUCACCUCUUUUAUGCUCUCCUGCUGCUUCUUUCAAACCGUCCUUUCCGAUGCUUGGACAAACUUUAAUUGACAGGAGCCCAGCUUCUGUUCUUUCUAAUCUGAGUUAUUUUCCUGGGCAUUAUGGUGAAGGAAUUUCUAUGAAUCUCUGUGGAAGUGGAACUUCAAACUUUAGAGAGCAUGAUAGUCACUGUGCAUACAGGGACCAAAAAUCACUGCUGGAAGACUUCAUGAAUAGUGAGGAAGCUAAGUUAUUCAUGGAUGAGGAAAUUAGCGACAUGGUCAACCAGAAUAGCUAG